GCUGCAUUGAUCUCAGAGCAGAUCUACUCUACAAAUUUACAAUGGCUCAGCUGCUACACUGUAGCAUGUCUGGUGAAGAUGCUCUAAGCCAACGGGAGAAGCUCUCCCACUGACAUGGCGCUGUCUACACGGGGGGCUACGCCCCCAGACACUGCCGUGGGGGGCGUCACCGUGCAGUACUGCAUCCAGGACCAGACCUACAAGGAGAUGCUGCAGUUCCCCCUGCAGCCACAAGAUGGAGACAGGCUGCCCGUUCAUCGGCUGGCAGCCAAAUGGCUGCUGCUGGAACUGGAGGGGGCCGUGGGGGCCAGGUCAGAGGGGGACCGGCGCCGGGCGCUGGAGACCAGCCUGAGCUCGGGAGUCGUCUGCUCCCUCACGGCCUACGUGGGGGUGGACACAGAGCGGGGGCAGCCGGUGCAGGGGCCGCUGGUGAGACGGGACAUCCCGCUGUCAGGCUUUGGGGCCACAACCCUCCUGCAGAAGAUGUGUUAUUCUGCCUCUGUGCCCAUGGCCUGGGCCCAAGGGCCCUCCCAUGUGUCCGUGGACUGUGCCAUGAUCUGCAACUUUGAGGACAGCUCAGAUGUGCCAGAGUGGGCACCAGAGGAGUCUCCCCUGCUGAGGCUGGUGUCUCUGCAGAAUGCCGACGGAUCAUGGGACCUUGACCCCCAGCUGGCCGCUGCACUGGGGGUGAGCGAGACUGAUGCCAGGGGGAGGAUGCCCAGUCAGGACGUGCCCCCCGGCAUCUGGGCCACAGUGCUGGCCGUGGUCUGGCUGCAUGGCCGGGCCGCGGGGCAGCGUGACGAAUGGGAGCUGCUGGAGGCCAAGGCUGUGGGCUGGGUACGGGGCCACGCAGGGCCCCGGCUGAGCGAAUGCCUGGAAGCCGCCAACACCCUGCUGGGCUGCAGCAUUGGGCCUGCCGUCUUCGGUCUCUGAGCCCCCGCCCCACCUCCUGGCCCCCGUACCCUUCCCCCCAGCUACCCUGGGCCUCCAGCCCAGCUGAGCCUCCACCCCCAUCCACAUAUCGCUGUCCCAAGCUACCCUGGGCCUCCAGCCACGCAGAGCCCCCCCAGGGAUCCUAAAUUAAGAGCAGCCAGUUGGUUUGCAUAAGUUUAACAAAAACCAUUUACAUUGACCCUGUAACUGACACCGGACGGACAGGCCCUUAGUGCUGCGGGCGGAGCCUGUCUCUGCCAGCCCCUCGCUGGAAUAAAGCAGUUCCCUGGGUU